UUCUUAAGUGCAAACUAGGGAUGUCCGGGAGUUAAAUUUUCUCAAUAUUAAUUCGAUUUGUGCUUUUGACUAAAUAUUUCCUCUUCAUCUCUGUGUCGAUCGAUUCCCAAAUCGUAUUGCCAUAACCAUAAUCAGCUUCUCCUUGCUUGGUCGCCUCCGUUUUGUAAAUUCACCAGUGCGAGACUCUUACUUGGCACGUGCGAUUGAAGCGGUGACUUAAUCUUUCUUUCUCUCUAUUUAUCUUUCCUCUAUAUUUUACUUUUCCCAACUAAAUCGUCGAUCAUCGUCGUUAUUGCGUUGCGACCGUACGGCCUUCGAUCGGUUCUGCUCUUGAUUGUAAUAUCCCCAAUUCAGGUAUUUGGGCAUCUUAGAUUUUGUGAAUACUGAGGGAGAAUGAGUGAAUGGUGGGGUGAUCCUGUAUUGGUAUAGUUGUGGUUGAGUUAUUCGGUAUUAUUAUUGUUGAAUAGAAGAAGCAGAAGAAGAAUAUGAAUGUACAGGCACAUAUUCCGGCGGGGCAAGUUCCUAAUCAAGGGGGACUGCCGCAGCAAAAUGGGAACACAUUGCCACCUAAUCAAAUGCAAAAUUUAGUUGGUGGUGGUGGUAGUGUAGGUGUUGCUGGAGUUUCUCAGCAGCAUAAUAUGCUGAAUGUGGAUUCUGAGCUACUCAGAGCUCGGGGUUUUAUGCGUGACAGGAUCUUUUCAAUUCUAUUGCAACGCCAGACGCAACCAAUUGAUGAAGCAACAAGAGCGAGGUUUAGGGAUAUUUCAAAACGCUUAGAGGAGGGUCUAUUUAAAGCUGCUCUGACAAAGGAGGAUUAUAUGAAUUUGGAGACAUUAGAGUUUCGUUUGAGUAGUCUGAUUAAAGGAAGAUCUGGCAAUAACCAUAAUCAGCGGCAUCAACAGCUUGUAAAUUCUUCCUCUUCCAUUGGUACAAUGAUACCAACACCUGGGAUGUCACACAACGUGAAUUCAUCAAUGAUGGUUACAUCCUCUGUAGAUAGCUCAGUGAUUGUUGCCAGUGGAAGUAAUACCAUAGCACCCACAACUGUCAACACAGGAAGCCUGUUGUCAGCUGGUGGCUUACAUAGUGGUUCCUUCAAUAGAUCUGAUGGCACUCUGUCUAAUGGAUAUCAACAAUCACCUGCCAAUUUUUCCAUUGGUUCUGGUGGAAACAUGUCAUCAAUGGGAGCCCAGAGGAUUACAAGUCAAAUGAUUCCUACUCCUGGAUUUAACAGUAAUAAUAACAACAACAGUAGUAGUAGUAGCAGUAAUCCGUCAUAUAUGAAUUUGGAAUCUUCUAAUAAUGGUGUUGGGUUUUCAACUGUUGAAUCUACAAUGGUAUCACAGCCACAACAGCAAAAGCAGCAUGUUGGUGGUCAAAACAGCCGCAUAUUGCACAACCUUGGCAGCCAUAUGGGUAGUGGUAUAAGUUCUGGCCUUCAGCAUAAAUCUUAUGGGUUCUCUAAUGGGGCUCUAAAUGGUGGGUUAGGGAUGAUUGGGAACAAUUUACCACUUGUGAAUGAACCUGGCACUUCUGAGGGCUAUUUAACGACCACCCCUUACGCUAAUUCACCCAAACCUUUACAGCAGCACUUUGAUCAUCAGCGACCACUAAUGCAGGGUGACGGGUAUGGCAUGAGCAAUGCUGAUAACUUUGGGACUGGGAACUUCUAUGGUGUAACAUCAGUUGGAGCAAUUACAAAUAAUCAUAAUUUUAAUUCAGUGAGCUUGCAGUCGCCCAUGUCCAAAACCAGCUCUCCAUUGAUAGGUAAUCAGUCGAAUUUACAUGGGGCACCACAGGGUGCGCACAUAAAGCCUCCAUCGAUUGAUCAAUCAGAGAAGUUGAGUUUCUCUUCCCCCUUGUCCUCAAGAGACAAUCUUCUACAGUCCCAUCAACAGCAACAGUUUCAGCAACAACCGCAUCAAUUUCAACACCAGCAACAAUUUGUUCAACCUCAGCGCCACCAGAAGCAGCACGGUCAGCAGCAACAGCAUUUGUUAAACAAUGGCAUAUGGUGAAACAUCAGUAAUAU